AUGGAAGACGAUUCGAGUUUCCGGUACCGCGUGAACUACAGCGAGAACAUUGCGCCCAAGUACCCGGCCGGGUAUCCCGAUGGCCUUGAGGUCGUCCCACAUGCCACGCCGGUGUACCCCUUACCGGCGCACCCCCCGAGCCAUGUGAUUGGGAAUAGUCCGGAUGCAGAGGAGAAGUGGUCUCCGAGUUCAAGAGGGUGGCCCGAUGUGCCUGGAUCGGCGGCUACGGCGUUACCGCAGUCACCGUCAUCCGAUGUAGAAAGUCAUAAGGGAAAGGAGAAGAGACGGGUGCUGGGACUCACCGUUCCGCUGUUUUGGACGCUGGUCGUGAUCGUUUUUAUCAUCCUCGCAGCAGCCCUAGGCGGCGGUAUAGGGGGUGGACUGAAGGCACAGCAGCAGCAGAAGCUCACUAACAAUGCCUCAAGCGAUCCUGUAACGAACGGGACAUCAUCAUCUUCUUCAUCAGCAGGUGGCGCGACACCUACAUCUUCGCAACCUGCAGCGACGACGACGGUGACAUCAACGGGUCCUAUACCCUCAGAUAGCGGGUGCCCGUUAAUCAAUGGCCAGACGUACACACCUUACGCCGUAGACGGGAGUGACUUCCCGCUGCAGUCUGGGAAGGAGGGGCAGCAAUUCAAGCAGCAGUGCUACACGAACUACGUCUCUUCCGCGGCAGCGCAGACACACGAUAUUCUGAAGAUAUAUAUGCCGACGCUGGAGAACUGCAUUAUGGCUUGCGCCGCGUACAACGAAGCGUACGCCUCGAAUUUGGCGAAUAACACGGGUGUUGGUGGCGGCUACUGCGUGGCCGUAACGUUGAAUAAAAUCAACGCUGGAUUUUGUUAUUUAAAGAAUGGCACUACUACUAAUGACACGAUGGGACAUCCGGACUUAUAUUCUAGCGCUGUGCUGCUUAACCUCGAUACUUCCUAG